UGACUAUGCCACAUUUCUACUCCUCUCGACGGCGAAGAAGAUGAACAGCCUUGCGCGGCCGUCACUCGAGUCGUACGCAUUGCCUUGUCUUGGCCGAAGAGAAACAAGGCCGAGCUGUCGGAUAGCUCGCAGCCAUGCCGGACGCCAACGUUCGAAGACGACAUUCUGCAUACAGCGACGACAGCGAUGGGGAGAUAGUGUCUCGCGACAACGAUGCGGUGCAAACUGGAACCCGCGAAAUAGAUCCCACGCCUAGCGUCGAGCAAGGAGUCCGAUUCUCUCAGGAUGUAGAGGCAAGAGCUGCGAAUAAGAAGCGCAAAAGCGAUGAAGGCUAUGAUGGCGCGAACGAUCGAUCAUUGUCGGUCGACACCGGUUUGGCGCAGGCAUCCGGCAGUACAGGCCUGGUGGGACGACCCGCUGUCUCGAGUCCUGAAUCUAUGCCUUCCUCACAGUCGCCAGCGCUGUCGCCGAGAAGCAGGGCGAGAGGCCUCUCUCUGCGAACUUCCCUGUUCAUGAGGAACAUGGCCAGCCCGCGUAGCGCAAAGGGGCAUGCAUCAAUAGAACUCCAGCAUGUAGGCCCCUCAUCCGGAGACCGUCCGGUGACGGCAAGGCCACAGACCGCGAAGAAGGCCUCGAGAACAUCAAUAACGGUGGCUCCAGUCGACGAUAUCUGGCAACAAACUUCGUCCACCAAGCAAUCAGCGGCAUUGCCGAGGUCGACUGCGUUGCCAAAUUAUCAGCAAUGGAUGUCGAAGCAGGCUCGCAAACAUCUACCCUUGAAAAGGAUGACAGCAUCGAUUGAAAACAUACGCAAGUUCGUGCUCAGAAUACAAGAGUUUCCACCCUCGAAGGAUGGCAGGCAUAUACCUCUGGAUCCUUCUCGGAAGGAAGACCUGAUCGACGAGCGAACGAACAAGCCAUACAUUUCUAACUUGAUCCGGUCUUCAAAGUACAAUGCUUGGAACUUUGUCCCAAGACAGCUAUUCGCGCAAUUCAGCAAGCUGGCCAAUGCCUAUUUCUUAUGUGUCUCGAUUCUGCAGAUGAUUCCUGGCCUCAGUACCACAGGUACCUACACAACGAUCGUUCCUUUAGUGUUCUUCGUGGCUUUGUCAAUGGCGAAAGAGGGUUAUGAAGAUCUUCGCCGUCAUAGAUUGGAUAAAGCAGAGAACAAUGACGAGGCUAAAGUUCUGCAUGUCUACAAGCCAGUGACAGGAGAUUCGAACAGCACCAAUCCAGACUCGGUCGGCAUUCCUAUGGAUGGACCAAUGCAUUGGGCACCGGUGAAGUGGCAGUCGCUACGUGUAGGUGAUGUUGUGAAGUUGGACCGCGACGACACUUGUCCUGCAGAUCUGGUGCUACUCUCUGCCAAAGGUCCUAACAAUACCGCAUACGUUGAAACAAUGGCCCUGGACGGGGAAACCAAUCUCAAGCCCAAACAGCCUAGCCCUGAGACUAUCGAAGCUGCCAUGACCGUCGAGGCCUUGGCCACUGCUGAGAUGGAGCUUGUCGUGGAAGACCCCAAUCUAGACCUGUAUUCGUUCGAGGGACGGGUCACCGUCAAUGGCAAGACUUCGCCGCUAACAAACAACGAGGUCUUAUAUCGUGGAAGCGUGCUUCGCAAUACACCCGAAUGCGUCGGUAUCGUGGCGUACAGCGGCGAGGAGUGCAAAAUACGUAUGAAUGCCAACAAGAAUCCUAGGAUCAAAGCUCCCGCACUCCAGGCUGUCGUGAACAAGAUUGUCAUUGCGAUGGUCUUCUUCGUUCUGUUCUUGGCCCUAUUCAACAGCAUCGCAUACCAAGUUUGGCAAGACACAACGGAGUCUAAAUCUUGGUAUAUAAGCAACGCGGAAGUCAGCUUCGGGCCACUCUUUACCAGCUUCAUCAUCAUGUUCAACACGCUUAUUCCUCUUUCGCUGUAUGUCAGCUUGGAAAUCAUCAAAGUAUCCCAAAUGGUCUUGAUGAACGAUAUUGAUAUGUACGAUCCGGAGAGCAACACGCCAUUUGAAGCACGCACAUCUACUAUCAAUGAGGAAUUGGGACAAAUCGGCUAUAUAUUUUCGGACAAGACAGGCACGCUCACAGAGAAUGUCAUGAAAUUUCGAAAGCUUUCCGUUGCAGGUGCUGCAUUUUUGCACGAUAUUGAUCUCCAAGAUCAACCGAAGGAAGAGAUCAUGCUGCACAAGAAACGGAGCAAAGGCAAGAAGGCCGCCCGAAAGUCUCGAAAGUCGACAUCUGCAUCAAUUUCGCCCAGCCAGCAGGCGGUGGAAAGAGAGCAGUCCCAGCCAAGACCCAGUCGAGCUUCGACCUCUCAAUGGAGAUCCUCGGCAGCACCAGAAAUGAUGCAAACCGAGCAGAACACGCUUGAGUUGAUUCAAUACCUUCAGCAGCGAUCGCAAACACCAUUUUCAAUGCGCGCUCGAAUGCUGAUCCUCUCAAUGGCCGUCUGUCAUACGUGUCUGCCAGAACGAGUCGAAGGUGAUGCCGAUGAUUCUAAGAUCAACUUUCAAGCAUCUUCGCCAGAUGAGUUAGCUCUGGUGAGAGCCGCUCAAGAGCUCGGAUAUCUGGCUUACGAACGUGAUGCAGCCAUUCUGACACUGAAGCUGUAUCCAAACGGCAUGGAUGACGAACCGGUGUACGAGAACUACGAAAUCCUAGAUGUUAUCGAGUUCUCAAGUAAACGGAAACGCAUGUCGGUCCUGGUUCGCUUGCCAGACGGAAAGAUCGUUGUCAUGUGCAAGGGUGCUGAUUCUGUUAUCAUGAAGCGCCUUCGGCUUGCGAGUAUCGCCAAGCAAAAGUUGGCUGAGAUUGAGAAACGCACAAUCGAGCGGAAAUCCAUGGAAGCCCAGGAAGCACUUCGACGAAAAAGCAGCAUUGCAGAGCGUGCUGGCAGCGUAAGCAGCAUGCCUCGAACAAGCAACAGCCUGGUCCGACGAAGCACAACGAUUGCACGAGCAAGCAUGGGACGUCUCGACCCAAUCAGAGAUGAUGUAGAUGAAUGGCUCCACCAACGCGAGCACGACGUCUCCCCCAGAAUUUCAUCACAUUUCCGUCCUUCGCUGUCGGAACGGCAAGGCUCGUUCCAUACCGAGCAUAGGAACAGCCUCCUUCGAAACGAAGCGGCGAACUUGAGCGAGGAUGUGAUCAUCGAGCGAUGUCUGCAACACAUCAAUGACUUCGCUACCGAGGGCUUAAGGACUCUCCUCUACGGCCAUCGCUUUCUCUCUGAAGAAGAGUACCGGUCAUGGAAGAAGGUCUACCACGAUGCUACCACUUCUCUUGUCAACCGCACCGAGUUGAUCGAGAAAGCGGGUGAUAUGAUUGAGCAGCAUCUCGAGCUCGGUGGCGCCACAGCCAUUGAAGAUAAGCUACAAAAGGGCGUCCCGGAGACCAUUGAUCGUCUACGUCGAGCUAACAUCAAGAUGUGGAUGUUGACUGGCGACAAGAGAGAGACCGCGAUCAACAUUGGUCACAGCUGUAGGCUCAUCAAAGACUAUUCCGCGGUCACCGUGUUGGACUAUGAAGCUGGUGCUGUUGAGCAGAACAUUGCUGCAUCCAUCAUUGAUAUAAAUCGAGGAAGUAUAGCCCACAGUGUCGUGGUCAUCGAUGGCCAGACUCUGGCCGUCCUUCAGUCUGAUGAGGCUCUACACGCACUGUUCCUCGAUCUGGCAAUCUUAGCAGACUCUGUCAUUUGCUGCCGGGCUUCGCCAAGCCAGAAGGCGGGAUUGGUGAAUGCCAUCCGCAUGCGAGUCAACAGGAGCGUCACACUUGCUAUUGGAGAUGGCGCAAAUGACAUUGCGAUGAUCCAAGAAGCGCACGUCGGCAUUGGUAUCACAGGUAAGGAAGGCUUACAGGCUGCGAGGACCAGUGACUACUCGAUCGCUCAGUUCAGGUUCUUGACGAAGCUUCUACUGGUACAUGGACGCUGGAACUAUAUCAGGACGUGCAAGUACACUGCCGGAGUAUACUGGAAGGAGAUGCUGUUUUAUCUCACACAAGCCUUGUACCAACGUUACAACGGCUACAGCGGGACCAGUCUCUACGAAUCAUGGUCGCUCUCGAUGUUCAACACCUUAUUCACCUCGCUCACGAUUAUCUUCCUCGGCAUUUUCGAGCAAGACCUGCGAGCUUCCACACUCAUCGCCGUUCCGGAACUCUACACCAAAGGUCAACGUGCUCUUGGAUUCAACCUCAAGGUUUUCAUUGGCUGGAUGUUCAUGGCUGUAUCUGAAGCCCUCGUAAUCUUUUUCACCGUACAGGGCCUAUAUGGCGAUGCACUCUUUAGCGCUGAGAACACCAUAUUUCCUCUGGGCAAUAUGACAUUCACGGCAUGUGUGAUCCUGAUUGCCAUCAAACUCCAGCUCAUCGAACAACGCUACAAAUCAUAUAUGGCCGCGGUCGCAGUUGUCGCGUCUGUCGGCGGUUGGUUCCUCUGGAACGUCAUCCUCGCCGCGUUAUACGCACCGAAUCUGAAAUACAAUGUCAAGCUUGGCCUGUUCUCCCGAUUUGGCAGAAGCGGAUUAUGGUGGCUGACGUUGCUCAUCUCCGUCGUCGCUUGCUGCUUACUAGAAAUCGGCGUGCGAGCUCUGAAAUGCGCGUUCAUGCCAACAGAUACGGAGACCUUCCAGACUCUCGAGCAGGAUCUGGAUGUUCGAAAACGCUUCGAAGAAGCUAGCGCUCCGUGGAUGCAGCAGGGUUGGGAUCAUGGCGUCAAGAAAUCUAGCUUGGAAUUGGAAAGACAGGCGGAGCAAGAGAAGCGGGAAUUUGAGGUGGAACAGCUUUUGAGUAGACCAAGGACGAUGGAAGCGGCUCUUGAGGCUGGGAAUGCGACGUCUGGGAUCGAGACAGAAGAGCAGACUGUCUUUGUCGCAGAUGGGCUGGGAAGGUCGCGCACGGAUAUUUCUGAGAUGCUGUCACGAAGGUUUGGAUUGGUGAAACGAGAAACGAUGACCUCCUCUUCUUGA